AAUAGAACAUAAAGUAAUCUCAUAUUUUUUGGUACUUGAGAAAAGCGAAAUAUUUCUUCUGAAGUACAUAAAUUAUCUCGCUAAGUCAAAAAGUUAAUUAAGUAUACAAGAUUUAUCUCCGAUUUCUCUACUGGAACGUCUCAAUUUACCUAAGUUAUUUUCAAAUCAGUAAAUAAGCUAACUUUCCCAAUGAUCCUCUACGCCGAAGAUUGAAGCAUCAAAGAAACCAUUGACGAGAAUCGGUUUACCACGCGUGUCGAAUGGGCGGUGAUAAUGCAAUGGAACGGAGACGAGGUCGUGGACUCGAAGGAGGAGAAAAGGAGAGAUAGCGGAACACGGUCAACUUCCGCGUGGGCCUAUCUUGGGCCCGCAAAAUGGCGGCGACAGAGGCGUUUGUCCGUUGUAGCAACCUCAGAAGGAUUUAUAUUCACGACGACGAAGAUUCAACCGGAGUUACCCAACGAGGCAGCUGGGACCCAUAAUGGACUGUGGCGAAACCGGGCCUUGAGUGUGCCCGCGGGGGCGUUUUCACGGGCAAUUAAUGCGGCCUUAAAGGAACCGCUCGAAACGCCCCCGCGAAACGAAACUGAUUCACACCUCUCGAUUAAAUCGAAGCCGUCAUUUGUGCACGUCUAA